AUGACGGCCCUUUCGGAGGGUCUAGUCAUGAUCAACCCUGUUCCCUUGCCCUCCACGGCGGCCAGCAUCAUCAAGGAAGCCAAGGAGCGUUCUUCCGUCUUCGCAGAGAUCCUUUUCGAUCCUGAGAGCAGCUGCUUCAAGAUUAUUGCUUACGAGAAUAAUAUGGAUGCUGUCGUGUCCGAAGUCCUCAAGUUGGUGAAGGACAAUAGAUCAAAGCCCGGAAAUUUUGUCAAAGACCAAGAGAAGAUUGACUUUACAGAGUAUGAUCAUCUCCGGUAUCCAGAAUCCUUCGCUGUUAUGCCGUUCCGCGCGAUCAAUCGCGACCUUGCCGUAAUGGACUACCCAAUCAACUUGGCCAAGAUCAUGAAGACCCGCGGCUGGAGCCAGUAUGAAGGCUCGGAUCAGUUCCAGAGAAGAACUGGCUGUACCAUCUCAUCCAACCUCGAGGGCACAACCAUCUACCUGGGUGCUCACGAGGAGAAAAAAUUGCAGCUGGCUCACGAGACGCUCCGCAUUAUCAUCGAGGACACCGUGAAACAGGUGCAGCGGGAGCGCAAAGCCGAGCUUCUCAAGUUCGAUUCCACUGCUGAUGUGACCACGAGCGUACCAACCAAGGUUGCUGCUAGCUUCUAUCACAAGGGUCACAAUGGCCCACUUAUCGACUUUGAGCAGGAUGAUGCCCCGGAUACCGCCACAACCAACUGGCUUGAGGACAUUCAGCGAGAUGGCGCAGGCUCCUCAAUAAUGAUCACGGAUGCCUCUGUCGGUGCUCCGUCUGAACAACUUGACACUGUCAGUCAGCUUGCUCACAAAACGGAAGAUCUGAAAAUCGGCCGCUCCAAGCAGAAGCAGCACGGAUUCAAGAACCAGACGCCAAAGAGAAACAAGAAGUGGGAGCCAAAGCGGACGCCCGAGGAGCAACUUCAAGGUGCACUCAACGAUCUCAUGAACGGCAAGGACGUCGCCCGCUUUCACUGGCCAGGGGCCGGCGUUUCGUAUAACCACGUUAAGCAGGUUGUCGAAGCGAACAAGGACGCUGCCAAGUCAGAUGUACACCUGAUGGAUAUAUGCACUGAGGACCAGGCAGCAUUCGACUGCAACUAUGCUGGCCUUGAGAAGCUAGGUCAAGCGAACCAGGCUGCUCGCCCAAAAGCCGUACCUGCCAGUAUUGGGGAUACAAAUCUGAUAGAUAUUGCAGACAACGCAAGCAACAGCAACUGCGAACCGUGCAGGCAGGCUGCGGUUUUCGAUGGCCCUGUGCCAGAUGAUCUCUUGGAUUAA